UCAACAUAGCAGCUGUCAAAAAACGUUCCGACCGCGCCAAACAUAACCAAUCCAAACAGUACUUGCGUUUUGUCUCAAUUUCUUGGUGAUUUUUCUGUAAAACUACGCAACGAGCAGUAAAAACUUUUAUCAACGCACCUCGGUGAGCAAAUAGGCUCAUUCACACGGUAGUGGAAAUGGCUGACUUUCUUGAGUUUUCAUCCAUCAGUUCGGAAAUUCGUGGCGCAAUGUGCCCGGGUAAGCUGAAAAUGACCGACACAGCGAUGGUAUUCAAAAGUGACAAAACGGGCAAGGUGGAACAAAUCAACUCGAACGACAUCGAGCUGCUAAACUAUCAGCGCUUUGUGGGGAGUUUUGGGCUGCGUGUGUUCCUGAAGAAUGGUUCGCUGCAUCGUUUCCUUGGCUUUACCGGUGAGGAGACAAAGAUUGCUGAGUUUGUAAAGAAAAACUACAAGCUCGAUAUGCUGGAGAAGGAACUAUCGAUGCGGGGCUGGAACUGGGGCUCGGUACAGUUUAAGGGUGCGGUGCUGAGCUUCGAUGUGGAGAAUAAGACCAGCUUCGAGAUACCGCUCAAUCACGUAUCGCAGUGCAACGUGGGCAAGAACGAGGUAACGGUCGAGUUUCACCGGAACGAUGAUGCGCCGGUCAGCUUGAUGGAGAUGCGAUUCCACAUUCCAACGUCCGAGUCAGCCGACAUCGACCCGGUGGAAGCGUUCCAGGAAAACGUCAUGAAGCAGGCAUCCGUCAUAUCGGUGUCGGGCGAUGCGAUUGCGAUCUUCCGCGAAAUCCACUGUCUCACGCCACGCGGUCGCUACGACAUCAAGGUGUUCCAGUCGUUCUUCCAGCUGCACGGUAAAACGUACGAUUUUAAAAUUCCCACCUCGUCCGUGCUGCGCCUGUUUCUGCUGCCCCACAAGGAUAAUCGGCAGAUGUUUUUCGUCAUUUCACUGGAUCCACCGAUCAAGCAGGGCCAGACACGGUACCAUUUCCUGGUAACGCUUUUCCAAAUGGACGAAGAAACCAACAUCGAGCUACCGUUUACGGAGGAAGAGCUGAAGGAAAAGUACGAAGAUAAGCUUACGAAGGAACUGUCCGGACCGGUGUACGAGGUGUUGGGCAAAAUAAUGAAGGUGAUUAUAAAUCGUAAACUAACCGGGCCCGGCACGUUUAUCGGCCAUUCCGGAACGCCAGCUAUUGGUUGUUCGUUUAAAGCGGCCGCAGGUUAUCUGUAUCCGCUCGAGCGUGGCUUUAUAUACGUCCACAAACCGCCCGUUCACAUACGGUUCGAGGAGAUUGCGACGGUAAACUUUGCCCGCAGCGGUGGAUCGACCAGAAGCUUCGAUUUUGAGAUUGAACUGAAAACCGGCACGGUCCAUACGUUCAGCAGCAUCGAGAAGGAGGAGUACUCGAAGCUGUUCGAUUUUAUCGUAUCGAAAAAGCUGAACGUGAAAAACACGGGUGGAAAGGCAAGCUACAAGGACGACUUUGCCGAUUCGGAUAAUGAGAACGAACCGGACGCGUAUCUGGCGCGCGUCAAGGCGGAAGCGAAGGAGCGCGACGAAGAUGACGAUGGAAGCGAUUCGGAGGAAUCGACCGAUGAGGACUUUAACCCGAACCAGCAAGAAUCGGACGUGGCGGAAGAGUUUGACAGCAACGUGGAAUCAUCGUCGGACGAUUCCGAUGAGGAGGACGGCAGCGGUGGGGACAGCGAUGGCAGCGGAUCGGAUGGUGGGCGGGAGAAAAAGCGCGACAAAAAGAAGGAAAAGAAGGAAAAGGUGAAGGAAAAAACGCCCAAAAAGAAGGAAAGGAAGGAGAAGAAGGAAACGAACGCAAAGAAAUCGAAAGCGAAAGAUUCGGGCGCACCGAAACGGCCGGCCACCGCGUUUAUGCUCUGGAUGAAUGCAACCCGUGACCAGAUACGGAAAGACAAUCCAGGCCUGUCGAUGAUCGAUAUCAGCCGGAAGGGUGGUGAGCUGUGGAAGGAUCUGAAGGACAAGAAGGAUUGGGAGGCAAAGGCAACGAAGGCGAAGGAAGAUUACGCGGAAGCGAUGGCCGCUUACAAGGCGUCGGGCGGCGGCGGCGAUGCGGACGAUGGUGAGAAGGGAGAAAAGAGAAAAAAGAAACCGUCCCCAAAGAAGUCGGACACAUCGACGAAGGGCAGCGGAUUCAAGAGCAAAGAGUUCAUCGAAGGGGAUGAUUCGUCCAGUGAGGAUGAUUCGAAAAAGGACACCAAGAAGGCUAAAACGCCAGAAUCGACCGACAAGAAGAAGAAAUCGAACAAAUCCGACUCCGAAUCUGAAGGAUCCGAAUCGGAAGAAGAGGAAGAUAUGAGCGAAGGAAGUGAUUAAAACCAGCAUCUCAGUAAAUGUUUCGUUUGUACUAUUUUCCUUUCCUUAUAAGGUUCAUUCUUCGCUCAUCUGUAUGGUUCACCUCUCUACACGCGUUUGCUUUAGUUUAUCGAAAGAAUUGUAAUGUUUAUCUCUUGUUAUAAUUCCAAUCAGAAUUCCGAAGCUAGAAGCAAAGCUCAGUGCUUUAACCGAUUAAUUAGAUUUACAAAUAAACUUCAUUUACGUAGUAAUUAAA